AACAGAGGGCGCCGUGCCCGUUGACGUAAUCGCCAGCAGAUCCAACAGCUGCACUCUAGACACAGAGAGGGGAAGAAAGUGAAUUUCCGACACCCAGAAACUGGAAAGGGCACUAAAAGUUAAAACUCCUGGCUGACCCCUGCCAGUUUGUUCGGUGUUGAACUUCGUUUGUUUUGCAGCUCAUGAUCAGGUUGACGGAGACUGUUUAAAAAAAUUAUUGUUUGGUUGUGGAGAUCUACAAACAGGGAACCACUACUAACCUGUAAAAAAAAAUACUGACAAGUCGUCAACAAUGCAGUGAUUGACAGCUCCGACCUAUCACCAACCCUACAGGAGGAAGAGGGAAAAUGAACACAAUCUCUACAAUCAGGAGACUUUGCAAGAAAAGUUAACUCAGAUAGAGAGAAUAAGGAACUGAGGAAGAGCUGCUUAGCACAGUGCCUUGCGGAGUCCUUGGGUAUAUUGCGGGAUGCCAAGAGCCUCAUCGAAAGGGAUACUCCACCCCUCACUACGAGAUAAAACCAUUUCAUUCUUCAAGUUUGACAGCUUCCGUGGAUUUUUCUGACUGGUUUGUAAUUGUUGAAAAAAACAAAGUGUUGUGAACGCCGAAGCUGUCACGUCUUUACCGAAACACAGGAAUAAUGGUGUAGCGUCCUGCACUCUGUACCGUUGACUAUCCCCAAAUCGACUUCAAGACGACGGCCCUUUGUGAGGAGCAGCGAAUCGCUGCCCCGUCGCAGCAUGCUCUGUUCUAUAGCAGUAUGUUGAAGAGCAGCAGAGGGAUGCACUGGAAUUGGAGGGAGUUGAUGACUAUCGCCAACCAGCCCACCAAGAAUUUCACCAAGGAGGGACCCCUCUAUAUGAAGGUCACAUCCUCGGGGUGGAGGAAGAAAGGAGAAUCUUACAGUGAGCGAUGGUGUCGUCUCCGUGGAAACCUCCUCUUCUACUUCAAAGGUCGUGACCUCAUGUCUGAACCCCAGGGCGUGGUCAUCUUAGAGCAGUGCUUCAUCAAGGAGGAGUAUGGGGAGAUACAGUCCUUUGCAUUCUGUGUCGAAUACAUCGGAGAGGAGCACAACCAGUUCUUCGCCGCACACUCCGCCGACCUACGGGAUGAGUGGGUAGCCCUCUUACAAUCAGCAAGCUACGAGAACCUCCGGAGUCAGCUGCAGAGUCUACGCAUGCAACUCAUGGCGCGGACCGGACAAGAUCCCAUUGAUGAAGAGAGGCAUGGAGUUAUCGGAAAGAUGGACCCGUAUGAAGCACCGACGUCGGAACCCAUUCUAGAAAUGUCUAUUUCUUGUACCGACCUCCCUAAGACCGGUACUCAUGACAGUCCGAGUACCUUUGUGUCAGUCAGCUGUGUAACGCCGCCGGACACACGAUGGUCAAAGAGUGGACAGACAGAGAUCAUCGGCAAGAAUUGUAAUCCUUUCUUUCUGACCACCGUGUCGUUUGAGACCAGUCGGAAUAUUUCGGUCAUUACUCGGUUACGGGCGAAUGUCUAUGAAGUUCAAGAUAGAAAUAUGCACAAGGUGGCCCCCAUUGGUCAAGUCGUCUGCUCAUUCCGUGAUAUUUUGACGUGUCCAGACAACAAGUUGGUGCGGGACAUCUUGGGUGCGGAUGGAAUGCCGAUUGGAGGCAAGCUGACGAUGCUCCUAUGGGAGCUGGACGACACAGAUGACAAGAAACCAGCGGCUAUCAUGAAAUCUGAUCGCUCAGUCACAAACCAAAAGUCAUUCUCACCCAACCCACCCACUCCGUCCUCCAAGACGUCCAAUGGAGGUCCUCCAAGGAUAAGAUCCUUCUCCCUGAAUCGCAACACCUACUUGAAGUCGCUCUGCUGCAACCCGUGCUCCAAGUCGUACCGCUUCCCAAACAGCGACGGAACAUCCAUGAUUCAGGUGCAGGAGAUCAUGAUGGAGAGUAAACUUAACUUCAUCAUCCCUCAACAAAUCAUAAAAAUUUAUUUACAAGAGGAGCAACGGAUGGUGGAAGAGCUGAACUUGUUUGAGAAACUCUCGGACGAAUGGGAGCGAGCGCGAUUAGCCGUCACAACGGAACACUUCAAAAUGAGAGCCCGCUACUGCGAGAGUCUGGAAUACCUCAGUAAACAACACAAAGGUCCUCAGUUCAAGAAGAGUACAGCUAGAGGGGAUAAGCUUCUUGAGUUUGUUCCUAUCAACCUACAUCUUCAGAGACUGAGAGUCGAAGAGCCAGGCUAUAAAGAGUCCUUGUAUGACAUCAUGACCGUCGGUGCCUUUGCUACUCACUCCAUGAAAUUUCGGCACGGAGGAUUAAAGAGAAUGAUGCAACAUUCCGUCGAGGACCGAACACGAAACAGUGUAACGGGAAAUAAGAUUCUAGAUCUCCAGGCAGCCAAGACGCUUACCCAAAUUGCGUCUCUCAAGACUAGCAUAGACUGGUACGCUACGGAUGUCUUAGCAGCAGCGAGGCACGUUGGUGUGGAGAGCAUGAGGAAUGUCUCCAAGAAGUUGAAUGAAAAGGUGACCGAGUUACUAAACAUCAUCAACCAAACCUUCAUGGAGGAAGCGUUCAACUCCUACCGCAGCGCCUCCUUAGGUAGCUCCGCCUCCUUCAAAACCCCGAGCGACAAAUCAACGACGAAAUCCUCCUCCCCGAGCGACAGCGGCAACAGCAGCAGCCGAACGAGCGGCACCAGCGACGGGGAAUCCCAGCAGAGUCUCCCGACGCUGAACUCGAACCGCUGCAGUACAGCUAGCAGCGCCAGCAGCAGCAUACAGACACAGGUCAGCUCGAGUCCCUACGAAGACUGGGAAUGGAAUGGGGUGUCCUUUGUCAAGUCCCCAAGUCCAGGUGUUCUUGCUGUUAGCUAUUCUCGUGGUGGAACUAAUUGUAAACUAAUGUCUACCUGGAGGGGGAUGAUCAGGAAUUUGUCGGAUUACAUGAACGUCGUCAAACAAGUAGUGGAGAUUCUGCCCACCAAUGCAAGCGUUAAAGAUCGUGUCGGCUCAGUAGAGUCCAGCGUGAAGCAUCUUAAGGAGUUAGUCGCUUCAAUUCAAGAGCAGGCACGUCUUAGUAUAUCCUUCCUUAAGAUGCAGGAAGAGUACAGUAACCUGGCGUUCAUGCAGUCUUUACAAUGUAGGAAAGACGCCAUAUUCUCACAGGCUUUGACAGCACUAGUUACCGGUGUGAUGAUUAAACUCAGAGAGAACAUCUUCAAUAAAGUGUUCAUGAGACAAUUGAGCUCUCUGGGAGUCUUAGCUCACUUUGAGGGUCUGCUCAGUACAUAUGGUGAUGAGAUGGGUAUGUUAGAAGACUUUGCGAUUGGAGUCCAAGAUCUUCACAAUGUCACCUUUAAACUCGUUGAGAACAGUACCGAAGAUGCUAAUAUGAUACCACAACUCACUGGUACUCGGUCAAACAUUGUGGUCAAUGUACCAGUACUGCCUUCUGUAAAGGAAGCCAUACCUGAGGAGCUUCUAAACGGCCAACCUAUCAAGGUUUAUCCUGUACUCUUUAACAUUGGUGUCAACGAAGAACAAUCCUUGGCGGAAUUAUUUGGUGAUACAUCGUUUCAAGAUGCCAUCAACAAGGACAACCUUCAGAAGUUAGAUAAUUACUACAGCCGUCUCGUCCACAUGAUUCCCCACAAAGAUUGGAGAGAGUCGAGUAGUUCUGUUUCUCUGGAUGUUUUGAUGAGUAGUCUCAGACAUCAUGUCUUGAUGAGUAACUCAAAGAAGAGUAAAAAUGUAGAGAUACUCCACAUCAGCUCUCAGCUGGCACGUCGUCUAGAUGGUAUUAGGUUCACAUCCUGCAAAAGCGCUAAGGACCGAACAGCAAUGUCAGUCACCUUAGAGGAAUGUAUGAUUCUUCAAGAUGAACAUCAACUCCACUCACAGAUGUUUACUCACCUCCUGGACACCAUGAGAAGUGAAGGCACGCGCCGUGACAACACAAGAAAGAACGUCGGUAUUAACAAGUACGCUUUCAACAAAGUGCAGCUGCGAGCCUUUCCUAAGCUGUAUCGACCUCCGGAAGGAACCUACGGGAAAACCAUCACCACAUAGCGGCAGAUUUAACCUCCACUGCAAAACAUAUACCUUUGAACUCUGACCUUUAAUAAUUUACCCUUGAACUUUGAGGUCAGGUCAGCCCUUGUAAAGGCUCUCGGUCAUGACAUAAUUACUAUGGAUAGGUCUUGUAGCUUCAGCUCAUAACUAAGCCUUUGAGCUAAGGCUUGUGAAAGUAAAAGGCUGUAGCCUUCGACUUCAGAUACAACAAUAAAAAAUACCUUGGCCUUUGGUGAUCUGGAUUUAACCAUAGCCAUUGCAAGAAGGGGGAGGGGGAGGGGUACAGUAAUGACAGUUUUACUGUUAACUGUAAACUGUAAAAGAGAUAGGUUCAAAGAGUUUUAUUUUACAAAAGUUACUUCAAUCUGUCUAGUAUUUUAAAAGCUGGAAUGAAAGAACUUGGUCUUUACUUAGUGACCAAAUUUAUAUCAUCCAGUGUAACCAGAGUUUGAGAGAGUUGCGACAAAGAGGGACCAGUUUUCUUUGGAUGCCAUUUUUGCCUCCAAAAGUAGCGCAACUUAUGGGCAGACUAGUCUGGCCCCCCUGCGGUCGCCCAUACCUUUUGUGGAGCACAAAAUGGCUUCUAAUCGCAAGUUGUUGUAACUCUUCCAGUGUAAUCUCUAAACCGCGCCCUCUUGUGUCCAAGUAUUAUGUCCAGUAUAGCCUGAACAUAUGACGUCACACUUCGAGGCUCGUGAAUAACGCCAGAGACCAGCCGUCCAGACGUCGUGUACAUUCACCUACGUUCAUUUCACAUAGAAAUACACAGUCAAAUUCCAUGGCGGACGUGAUAGAAGUGAUCCAUGAACUGUUUUGGCAUGUAUGGAAAGCUCAUGAUUGUCACUGUGCAGGUUUAUCCAAUGAUAUCAUUGUAUCCAAUGGAAUCACUGGAUCUGAAUACCUGACAUGUCUUUAUCCUGCGGAUAAAGACAAGGGCCUAGUCUAUGUCCAGUAUUGAUAGCUUUUUCUUUACCAAGAAGCAUUCCGAUUUCAACGAUCAAAUUCUGAAUCAAUUCCAAACUUGCAUUUUUUAGCCAAAAUUUUAAACAAGGAAUUCAAUCGCCAAUGUUGCAGGUAUGAAGCAAUUUAUUUAUAGUGACACAUUUUUUUUUUUUAUCCCAUUGAAAUUUUAUGUGUGUGGAAUUUUAAUUCCUCAAUUUGGGGUUUUACUAAAAACUAAGACCAUGUGCUUUUAUAAGGGUAAUUUGUUUUUUAAAUGUUUAAUUUUUUUGUGAUUUUACUUUUAAAUUUGAAUGCAUUAUUAUGACUAACAGCCCCUCCCCCCCCACCCCAGCAAAAGUUAACAGGAAAUUCAUAUUCAAGAUCAUUUUACACACAUUUUUAUUUUGAGACAAUGACAUAUUUUUUAAUAUAUUUUUUUACAAGGUUUUGGCCAAAAUGAGCUCAGUACUUUUUUUCUUUGAAACGAAACAAAAUUUGAUUAAACCACAUCGUACGAAACAUGACGAAAAUCAACAUCGCCCUGUUACCAAAAAUCAUAUCUUUCAGGAGAAUGCCUCCUCUAAUAUGUUUGACGAAUUGAUUAUAAUCAUGAAAUUUUCCCCCCAGAAUCCUUUUUUGUUGUAUUUCUUGUCAUAAAUGACAUUAGUUUGUGUACAUACACCCUUUGUAAAAUUGUGUAAACAGUUGUAUUAUAAACCAACAGAAUUCUAAAUUUAACAAGUGAGCGGAGCCAGUUGUAUAUUAUAGGCCGCACGCAAAAUGGGUACUAGUUUAAAUAAGUUGAAAUGUAACAAGUCGUGUGGGUCUAUCCUCUCUCUCUUGGAGUAGGAAGAAGAUUCAGAGACUUUUUGGGGUUAGCUGCACACUUUUUCGUUAAAAGGUUAUUAUAGACCGUAUUGAAUAUGACGUCACCGUUCAAAUAUAUGCCCUACAAGAUGGCGUCUGCGAGCGUGGGGCGU